AUGGUGGUGCAUACCUAUACAAAGAAGCCACCAGUGGCCCCCAAACCAAAGUUUGUAGGGGCAGAUAAUAAGCCAGCUCCUCCUCCUGUUGCACCAAAACCUGACAGUGUGGUUGCCAGCAUUCCACAGUCAACAAGGAAAGCUAAACCAGCAAUUGCACCCAAACCGAAAGUUCCGAAGAGCUCACCUGUGGAAGAGCCAAUGCCUUCACUGCCGAGGAAAAGCACCAGGGACCUGGAAGAGCAUAAAUCAGAAUUGCCCCAAAGCACCGACAGCUUUAAUUGCAAAAAUGUAGGAGAUCAGAGCAGCGAUUAUAUUUUACCCGAGUGUCCCUGUGGUUCUGAAUGCAUCCGUAAGCUUAGGAAUAAAAAGAGUAUGUGUGUGAAGCAGCUUGUUUUAGAGCCCUUGGACAUGAAAGAAAGUUUAAAAAACAGUAAAAGGGAUGAGUCUUUUUUGACGAAAAAAAAUCAGAUGAAAUGGAAUUCUGGUGAAAAUUUUAGGUUGCAAAGUGGGGUGGUGUUAAAGGCAAGCAUCCUAGAAGAGAAGCUCAAAGAUGCUUUGAAACAGCAAAAGUCGGCUUUUAGUUCCCCACAGAAGCAGACGUCCACUGACAACCCAGAAAUGAAUGGUGCCCGCAGUGCCAACAUGAGUUUCAGAAUUCGUCUUCCAGACUCGUCACCUUCCCUAUCCAGCUUCAAAAAGGUGCCUGUUGCUCAGCACUGCCACUUGCAGCUUCCUAGGGGUGAAUUUGAAAAUCUUGAAACUUGUGAGGAGGGAAGCAAAAAAAGCGAUAGUUCCUUUCAUUUAUCCAAACCAGGAGCUCUGGGAAAUGGUAAAAAGAAUACGUUUGUAUCUUCAGAUGAAGUCAGUAAGAACACAGAAGUCAAAGAUCAUAGCCCCUCAAAAACUGACUCGGUACCACGUACCCCCACGUUUCCUACUCCGAAGCCCAGAAAGACACGACUGUUACGCCAAAAACAUGUAGAUAAUCCUAGUGGAGGUGCUGAGGAACCACAGAAUUUAAAUAAUAGCUCUUGUCUUGGUGAAGAUGGUUUGAAAAACAGUGAAGUCAGUGUUCUUCGGGAGAAUGCUUUGUGUCACCAAGAUCCAGUGAGCAAGGUGAAGCUGGGAAAUAAAAGUGAAGUGGAUAGUAGCUCUGACAGGGACAGACCAGACUUGUGUCACGAGACAUCUUCCCUUGAGAACACAGCAGCUUCUUUAGACGCAGACUCUAAUUUGAGUUCUGACAGGAGGACAGAUGUCGAUGGUUCUAGUACAUCAUUUGGUGCAGACAAAGGGACUCAUUUUGUAAGAUCCAAUGCUCUGUCUUGGAGCCUGCCUAAGCAGCUCAAAUUAACUGGCAGCGAACAUCUGCCAGCUGGGAACCUGGGAGUGUCUGCCCCUCCAGUGCAAAAGGACUGUAUAAUGAAAGAGGAAAAUUCCUCAAGAAUUGUCCCCAAGAAACCUCAAAGGCAUAGCUUGCCUGCUUCAGGAGUGCUCAAAAAGGCUGCUUCUGUGGAGCUGGUGGAGAAAAGUUCUUUUCCUUUAGUUGAAGUAAAAAGUUCAGGGAAGGUUCUAGAAAGAAACCACCUUCAGCAUUUGUGUGCCCCAGACCAUGCUAGAUCAUCUUCCUUCGAUAUGCCCAAACAGACUUCAGAAAAGCCAGUGUGGAAGUUGCCUCAUCCUAUUUUACCCUUUUUAGGGAACUCAGAAUCGUUAAAGUCUGUCACUGUGCCUGCCGGUGGUGAGCCUUCCGCUGCCCUACCCAAGCUGAGGGCAAAGUCAUUAUCCUCUGUGGAUCUGGACAGGUGCACCAAGCCCUGCAAACCGUCUCCCAAGAAAAAUUCUUUUAGGCAGUUGCUCAACAGGAAGCUGUCUAUGUGCUUCCUAAGGGGAGACUUUCAGAAAUCUUGGUUCCGGAGUGGCCAGCUCGGAGACAAAAGCAGAGCUUACCUGUCUGGCAGGGAGCGGAGGGGGCCUGGAAGUGUCUGGUGUGGGCUGCUGGCGGCCGACCUGGAGAAGAGAGGCAAACCCAGAAAGGUGUGUUCUGUGGACCAUUACAGCCCAGAAUCUCGGAAGAAGAAGAAGAAGCCCUGGGGCCGGAGUGCAGCUGAAGGCCUGAGAGCGGAAUCUCUGGACGAGCAGAUGCUCUCCAGGGAGCCGGGUGUCUUUGAGCCCGAGUGCGAGAACGUGCGCCACUACGAGGAGAUCCCGGAGUACGAGAACCUGGCCUUUGUCGCAGCCGCGGGGAAAACUCUCACGUUGGAAGGGCAGAAUGGCAGCAGCGUGGAGGAUGCGGACGCGGACCUGUAUGAGGUACAAGAGCUGUACGAAGCUGCCGCCUUAGGCCUGCACCCGGGACCCGGACAUCUGUGUUCCAGCAGCCUUGGACCUCCCCAGGAGGGACGCAGGGAUCCCGACCUCAGCCUCAGUGACCCACCCUCGGACGAGGCCGACGUCAACAGCUCUGAUGAGGAAGAUGGCAGCUCUACUUCAAGUAAAGGGGAGCCAGAGCCACUGGAGGAGAAGCAGGAUGAAGGCCCUGGGAUAAAAAGUAAAGUACGUCACAUCGUGGAGGAGAUCACCAGCUCAGAGAAAGUGUUUGUGGAUGUGUUAAAACUGUUACACAUUGACUUCCGGGAUGCCGUGGCCCAUGCUUCCAGGCAGCUGGGGAAGCCCGUGAUCGAGGAGCGGGUCCUGAAUCAGAUCUUGUACUACCUGCCCCAGCUUUAUGAGCUCAACCGAGAUCUCCUGAGUGAGCUGGAGGAGAGGAUGUCCAACUGGACCGAGCAGCCGAGAAUUGCUGAUAUCUUUGUCAAGAAGGGCCCGUACCUGAAAAUGUAUUCCACGUACAUCAGAGAAUUUGAUAAGAAUAUAGCCCUGCUAGACGAACAGUGCAGGAGGAACGCGGGCUUUGCUGCUGUGGUCAGAGAGUUUGAGACGAGCCCUCGCUGCGCCAGCCUGGCCCUCAAGCACUACCUGCUCAAGCUGGUGCAGAGAAUCCCGCAGUACCAGCUGCUGCUGACAGGUUACUUGAAGAAUCUCCUGGAAGACUCUGGAGAAUACAGAGACACUCAAGAUGCCCUUGCUGUGGUUAUAGAGGUGGCCAACCACGCCAAUGACAGCAUGAAGCAAGGCGACAACUUCCAGAAGCUCAUGCGGAUCCAGUGCAGCCUCAGUGGGCACCAGGAGAUCCUGCAGCCGGGCCGGGUUUUCCUCAAGGAAGGGGUCCUGAGGAAGCUGUCCCGGAAGGUCAUGCAGCCGCGCAUGUUUUUCCUGUUUAACGACGUCCUGCUGUACACCACACCGCUGCAGUCUGGGAUGUACAAGCUGAACAGCAUGCUCUCCCUGGCUGGGAUGAAGGUCAGGAAGCCCUGCCAGGAGGCCUAUCAGAAUGAACUAAAGAUCGAGAGUGUCGAGCGCUCCUUCAUCCUCUCAGCCAGCUCUGCCCGCGAGAGGGACGAGUGGCUGGCAGCCAUCUCCGGGGCCAUAGAUGAGCACACCAAGAAAAGAAUCACCUUCUGUCCUGGUAGGAGUCUGGAUGAGACUGACGCGGAGAGGCAAGAGGAAGCAACUCCACUGGGCUCCAAGGCGCCCAUCUGGGUCCCCGACACCCGGGCCACGAUGUGCAUGAUCUGCACCAGUGAGUUCACUCUGACCUGGAGGCGACACCACUGCCGGGCCUGUGGGAAGGUCGUCUGCCAAACCUGCUCCUCAAAUAAGUAUGGCUUAGAUUACCUGAAAAACCAACCCGCCAGAGUAUGUGAACAUUGUUUCCAAGAACUGCAGAAAUUAGAUCACCAGCAGAGGACCAGCUCCCCUGGAGGCCAGAGGACCCCGUCCAGCACCUUGUCCUCCAUGCUGCAGUCCAUCCCCCCGGGGCGCAAGCAGAAGAAGAUCCCUGCGGCUCUCAAAGAAGUGUCGGCCAGCACGGAGGACUCCUCCAUGAGCGGCUACCUGUACCGCGCCAAGGGCGCCAAGAAGCCGUGGAAGCACCUGUGGUUCGUCAUCAAGAACAAAGUGCUGUACACGUACGCGGCCAGUGAGGAUGUGGCGGCUUUGGAGAGUCAGCCUCUGCUGGGGUUCACGGUCGCCCAGGUGGGAGGUGAAGGUGCCGAGCCCCGGGUGUUCCAGCUCCUACACAAAAACAUGGUGUUCUACGUCUUUAAAGCAGAGGAUGCCCAGUCGGCCCAGAAGUGGAUAGAGGCGUUUCAGGAAGGCACUGUGUUGUAGCAGUAUUGGUCUCUCCUGUUCUUCCAGGACGGUGGAAUCUCAUCAGAAUGAAGUAAAAGCAAUUCAAAGUUUCGUAAAAAUAAACACUGCCGAGAUAAAUCCAGCCAAACCCUUUAUCAGAUACAAGAAAUUAUUUUGUUAGAUAUAUGUAGGUUUUUUUAAAUGUUUGUUUUUUUCAUGUAUGUUAUUUAUUAAAAUUGUAAUGUUUACUUAAUGGUCAGAAUUAUGUCUGUCACAUUGAAUUCUAAAGUACCAUUUCUUUAGAGAGCGGAACAUGUAGCUUGUUCUGUAGUAACUAUUUGUAACCCAGCCCACACGUGUUCUCUGCCUUGCCUUGUAACAUUUCUUACUGGUUGUGAAUCUCUGUAAGUAAAAAACACAUAGAAGAAGCAAAUUUCAAUGCAGUAUUUGGUUUAGAGAUCAUGAUUACUGCCAGGCAUAGUGGCGCAGGUCUGUUGUAAUCCUAGCAUUUGGGAGGCUGAGGCAGGAGGAUCU